AUGACGUGGUUGACGGCCUUUACAUUUUUGUCGUCGAACGCCCAACUUCAAGGAUUUCUUGCAGCACCUGACUUUGCUGUAGGUUGGCUUACGAUGCGCUCCACCUUCAAACUGCGGCAGCCGCUGAACUUUGCACUGGCAGCGCGAGCAUCUCAAUGGAUGCCCAGCUUAUCUUUACUUAAGGUUUCGCCCUUAUUGGUUGCCGCAACGGCGGAUCCAGAUGCCAAGCGGUCAAUGAUGUCUGCCUGCGUGGCUGUGUUCAGAUGGCGCUGGCUGGGAGCUCGCGGUCGUGCGAUGCUUCGGAAGUUUUUUGCUGGUGGUGGGCGGCUGCUCCAACUGGCGGAAGGUCCAAUUGACAAGUGUGGAUUUGCAUAUUUCCUCUGCGCGAAACUUACCAAUCUUUGCACAAUUGCCUCCGCAACAUUGGCGUCUAUGCGGUUUUCGGACUUGCAGAGUCGACUGGCCGCUUGGGGUAUCUCCGGAGACCUGCAGGAGGAGGCUGGGGUAUUGGCUUGUGCAAGCUUCAUGAACGUGGCUUUUGUGCCGCUCCACUUCUAUGGCGCUGUGUACACGGUCCGAUUCCUUGAACGUGUUGCUGCGGACACAUGGAAGCAGGUCCUCAUAGCGGAGCAGCAGAACGACAAUCCGACGAUAGAGAAGGAGUUGUGCAUGCGUAAGAAAUCCGUUUGGCUUUGGUGUUUUCUGUUCCUCUUUGAUGGCACGACAUGGUGUAAGGACCGCAAGGACCUGGACAUGACUGAGGAGUCUGAGGAGGAGUUUACGAAGAGUCUUAUCAUCUUGGCUACUUGCGGUGCUGCGCUGUUUGACGUGGUAGUCGCUGUCUACUUCAUGCGACGGCUGGCCAAGACGUUCCUGGAAUGCACUACUGCAAUCUACUGCCGCAGUGGUAACGUGGCAAUGUCAGGUCGCAUGAGCAUGACCUGGUUCAUUCUGUUUCCGUAUUUCGGCAUUAUCCGCUUCGUUAGGAACCUUCUGCUCCUGCUUCCCAGCUGCGUUCGGCUGUCCACGGCAGGAGGCUAUAUUGGUUUCGUCCUCAACGGGCGUACUGUGCGUACUUGCUACGUGUGCAUCUCCCCGGCCUUGGACUCGAACCUGGCUCAGAAAGAGCUAGUGCGAGUUCUGGGAAGGCUGUUCGCUGGAUAUUCGUUCGAGCCAGCGGGCAUCUCAGGCCCACAACAUGGUGCAGCCUCCUUGCUGUUGGACGGUGGGAUCGCUUGCAAAAGCAUUGUGCCGCAACGAUGUGAUGUCCAACUGCAGAUGUGCAGGUUGGCAGACUGGUUGACGCACACUGCCGGUGGUGGACAGUACCUCGAGGGCCUCGAGGCAUUUUCCCAUGUUUGGGUGAUUUUCCUUUUCGACCAGAACAAGCACAGAGUCCUCCGGAACAUGGCGAAUGAUAGCAAUGAGGGCGCAGACGACCAUGAUUCUGAUGUGGUGGAAGAAUUGGAAGAGCAGCAGUUCCUGGUGCACGUUCGGAACGUACCGAAAACGUCGAGUUUGUCUGAUGUGAACGCAUUGUUCAUCAAUGCUGGAUUCAGUCCACCCUUCUCCUUCCGAGUGUCUGACUCGAUUGUAGCAGUACAGCUGGAUUCUUCCGCGGCCAUGGAGGCUGCCAUGGCGCUGGAUGGAACUGUCCUUAUUCCGCCACCCGUGGGUACUGUCAAGAUUCCGGGGCAGCGAGUUUCUGUGGUACAAGAGAUCUCAGUCUGUCUGGUCACUGCGUGCCCCUACGCCAUCCUAGCCCCAUGGGAGCCCAUUGGCACGUUUUCCGAGCAUGCUCAGCUGCUAAGGUCUUUGCAACACGAUCUCCCCAUCGCCGGGGCCCCGAAGUACUUGAGAAAGCGCCUCGAAGCGAGUGGCACAAUAUAUGUCAGCGGCGUGGACGUGGUCGAUGGAUCAGCUGUGUUGGACAUCAAGCCGUACCAUCCUGUCGAAUCGUUCGGCUGUCAACCUGACGUGCAGUGCCAUGAAAGAGUGGACGCAGAGGACAUCCAUUUUGCAGAUUGGCUGCCGCAGCCGCGACCAUCCAUGGAAGUUACAUGGAGCGAAGCUGCACUCAUGGAGCUGCACCAACUGCAAGACAACUGCAGGUUUUAUCCUGAUGAACGUGACCAUGGUGUCGACUGCCUACUUGCUGCGCUUACAAUUUGA